UGGCCACUGAACAGUGUUGUCAAUUUGAAUUUAGCUACUUUGUAACCUCCUUAGCGACUAAAAACCUCAUCUAGUGACUUACACGACUUUUGGUGACUCUGGAGACGUUUAAAAACGCGCCUGUUCCGUGACAAAAUAAUAGUUUUUCAACAUAAUUGUGUCUGUGAGUCGAUCUGCUGGCGACUGGACUGGACUGUCGUGAUUAUUUAGACGAGAGCAGCUGGACGAGGUGACCUAAACGAACAGAUGGCGGGGUUCCUGGACCAUGUGCAGUGGCCGGCGUGUGUGGACUUGGGGGAGAAACGCAACACAGUGGCCUCAGUAGCAGCAGGAGUGGCGUUCUUCUCCGGCUGGUGGGUGAUUAUUGACGCUGCUGUGAGCUACCCGACUCAAGACCAGAUGAACCACGCCUUCCACACCUGCGGAGUCUUCUCUACUAUAGCAUUCUUCAUGGUGAAUGCGGUGUCCAACGGGCAGGUGAGAGGAGACGUGUACGGAGACGGCUGUCUGGGACGCACAGGUGCGCGUUUGUGGCUGUUUCUGGGUUUGAUGCUGAUGUUCGCGUCGCUCAUCGCUGCGACUUGGAUCCUCUUUCAAGAGUUUGUGGUUGCCAAUAAACUGGUCUAUCCCGGACUCUCCAUCUUUUUCCAAAACCUCCUCAUCUUUUUCAGUACUCUCAUCUACAAGUUCGGUCGGACAGAAGACCUCUGGGAUCAUUAAAUACACACACACACACACACACACACACACACACACACACACACACACACACAGAAGAUCUGUGGAUACACCCCACUCCCAUGCACAUACACACACGUCAGCACACACCUACACAGGAAGUCGUCACCAAAAGCUAAAUGUCACCCACUCUACAGCUGCGGGAAAAAUGGAGAGAUCACCUCGAAAAAUAUAUUUUUUACUGGUUUUACAACUAUAGCCAAGUGGUUCAGUAAAAUGAAGCGAAUAUCAUUUGCAUAAAUUAAAUAUGCAUUUUUUUAAGGAAUGCAUUUUUAUGCAUUUUGUUUCUGAAAACAUUGCAUCUUUUGUAUUAUUUUGACCAUUUGUAACUUUCUGAAAAUCAAUGGUCUACAUGACAAUAUUUCAUUCGAAAUUCGGAGGAAAUGUUGUCAUUAGUUAAUAGAUUGAAACAGUAAUGUUCAUUUUACUGAAACGUGCUUAUUUCAGAGGUGGUCUCUCAGGUUAUUCUGCAGCUGUUGUUUGAACACCUUCAGCUUUGGUUACUGUACACAUUUGCUGUGGCAUCACUAACAUAAGUGUCUGCAAUGCCACAAGAUGUUUUUAUUCAUCUUCAUCUAUUGAUGUUUUUAGCUAAAUGACAACCCAUUAGAUAUGUCUGCAAUGUAAAAUGAUUUAUUUCCAUCUAUUGUUGCAUUAAGUUUUCAGCAGAAUCUUGUGCUGAUGAUGGUGGAGUCUGAAUGCUGUGUAAAGCCUGCUCAACGAUUCUCAGUGCGGUUGAGUUCUGGACUCUGGUGGCCAAUCUAUGUUUGUAAAUGAUAUCGCUCUUCAUAACUAGGCCACGGCUGACUAAACUUUUAUUUUAUUUCUAGUGAAAAAUGUAGUUUGCACAGUAAUAAGGAACAUGGUGCAGUGAACGCCCAGGUUAUUCCAUUGAUCAUCUUUCUCGAUGGCAUAUUCCAAGAUGGUCAUGCCCAGAUUCAGUGGGCUACAAUUGAUGGGGUUUUAGACCAGAGGGUUGCAGGUUUGAAUCCCACCCUUCAACUCCCUAUAUCACUCCAUGGCUGGACCAAGACACCUAACCCCACACUGCUCCUGGGACUGUAACUAAUACCCUGUAC